UCCGACUUCGUCUGGCGACAACGUCGAUGGGGGGGUUGUUUUGAUUAAAGUUGACGGAUUUUUUUUCUCCACGUUUCUGUUCCCGCACUGUUGAGUUCCGGGACGUUUUGACGUACUUUCUGAGUGUUCACACCGUCUGCUUUUCUUCCUGCUCCCGGAGGAGAAACUAACUUGGGAAUAACCGAUCUUUAAGUUGAGAGGAGCAACUUUUCCAACUGCCUUACUAGUCAACGGGCUGACCUAUGCUAAGCUAACCCCGCUAGCCAAUGCUGUUGAAAUCCCUGUUUAAAGUCCACAAACGAGCAAGAGGACUUUACAUGUCGGGGUACGGUCACUAGACGGUAUUUACCGACUACUUUCCAUGAGAAAGCUGCCGCUCGGAGCUUCACUUUACCCGGUCUGAGUUGACUGUGCAGGUGCACCUCUUGCGGCACCUGCGAAAACUUGGUAACUUAGCUCCAUCGUUGGAAAGCUAACUUUAGCUUGUCGCAUUAGCAUUAAACAGAAGCAGAUACUAUAGUGUGGAGCUACUCUUCUCUCAUGGCAGAGAUUGUUUGAGGUUUAAGACAUGAGUUGUUAGUUUCAACGUGUAUAUUGCUGUUUAACCGUCAGCCGUUAAAGUGGUGACAUUAGCUAAGGCUAACCGUUGCUAGCAAGUUGUGACCCUCAUUCACUUUUACCGGAGUGGCGACGUGGAUACAGGGCUGUGGACGCUGUCUUUCCCACAGGACUUUGGACACGGUUUCUUCCUGCCCCGGGCUGCGCAGGGUAUGCCCCUCUCUUAUCAGCAGCUAGUGUAGAUGUGACAGCAUGCGGAUUUCUCAAAGUUACAUUUCACCGUUUUAAAGUUUUCGUUUUGUCCUAAAAGCUCUGCACCCUAUGGUGCCGCUACGGCCACCGAGAAAUGGAUGUCUCGCAGGCCGCUUUCCCAAACGGUGAAGGGCGGCCGGGCGGCGGUGGGACAGGGGAGCAUGCCUGGACAGAUGCCCCCACGGUUCGGGCGUGGGCUCACUCCGCCCCGCUGUGCCCGACCCGGUCCCUGUGGACAGCUGCGUAUGACUACGAGGCAAGCGGCGAGGACGAGCUCAGCCUCAGACGCGGGGACGUGGUGGAGGUGCUGUCCAAAGACGCAGCGAUCUCCGGGGACGAGGGAUGGUGGACGGGCAAAAUCAACCACCGGGUCGGGAUUUUCCCCUCCAACUAUGUCACCUACCAGCCCGCUAUUUACCGUCUCCCUGCAACGAGUGUCUCCGUUGGGGCACGAGAGCAAGUCCCGAGCACGCCUGUCCAGAUCCCCUUCAGUGAACUGGUACUAGAGGAGAUCAUAGGCGUGGGUGGAUUUGGCAAAGUUUACCGAGGCACAUGGAAAGAUCAGGAGGUCGCCGUGAAGGCGGCUCGGCAGGACCCAGAUGAGGACAUAACAGCCACCGCCAGCAGUGUUAAACAAGAAGCGAAACUUUUCUCCAUGCUGCAGCACCCCAACAUUAUUAAGCUGGAGGGAGUGUGUUUGAAGGAGCCCAACCUGUGCCUGGUCAUGGAGUAUGCCCGAGGCGGGACACUGAACCGGGCGUUGACCGGAAGGCGCAUCCCUCCACACAUCCUGGUCAACUGGGCCGUGCAGAUUGCACGCGGGAUGCUGUACCUACACGAGGAGGCCGUGGUACCCAUUAUCCAUCGUGACCUGAAGUCUAGCAACAUUUUAUUACUUGAAAAGAUUGAGAAUGACGACAUCGGGAGGAAGACCUUGAAGAUCACAGAUUUCGGCUUGGCCAGGGAGUGGCACAAAACCACGAAAAUGUCAGCUGCAGGCACCUACUCCUGGAUGGCCCCCGAGGUCAUCAAGUCGUCUCUCUUCUCCAAAGGCAGUGACGUCUGGAGCUAUGGUGUCUUGCUGUGGGAGUUGUUAACGGGGGAGGUGCCUUAUCGUGGGAUAGACGGCCUGGCUGUUGCUUACGGUGUGGCAGUCAACAAGUUAACUCUACCAAUCCCCUCCACUUGCCCCGAACCCUUCGCCAAGCUCAUGGAAGAGUGUUGGGACCAGGACCCCCAUGUGCGUCCCUCCUUCUCCUGCAUCCUGGAGCAGCUGUCGGCCAUCGAGGAGGCAGUGAUGGCCACCAUGCCCCAGGACUCCUUCCACAGCAUGCAGGACGACUGGCGCGUGGAGAUCCAGGAGAUGUUUGACGAGCUCAGGACCAAAGAGAAGGAGCUGCGUUCCAGAGAAGAGGAGCUGACGCGGGCCGCCCUCCAGCAAAAGUCUCAGGAGGAGCUGCUGAAGCGUCGGGAGCAGCAGCUGGCAGAGCGGGAGAUCAACGUGCUGGAGAGAGAGCUCAACAUCCUCAUUUUCCAGCUCAACAAAGACAAGCCCAACGUGAAGAAGAGGAAAGGCAAAUUCAAACGUUCCCGCCUCAAACUGAAAGAUGGAAACCGUAUCAGCCUGCCGUCAGACUUCCAGCAUAAGAUCACCGUGCAGGCGUCACCUUCUAUGGACAAGCGGCGAAGCCUUCACAGCACCAGCUCCUCUCCUCCCAGCAGCCCCACACUCAUCCCCCGGCUACGAGCCAUUCAGCUUACUCAAGAUGAGAGCAACCGAACGUGGGGCCGCAGCACCCUCUUCAGGCCAGAGGAGUUUGAUGACGUGAAAAAGGGAAUCAAGAAGAAAGGAAGAACCUGGGGCCCCAGUUCAGUCCAGAGCAAAGAGAGGCCUGCUGCUGCUGAGAGAGUGCGUCCCCUGUCAGAUGGUAGUAACCCCUGGUCCACCAGCCUGGUCAAGUCCCAGAAGUCUGUCCCCCUCGCUGCCCUGUUUGCUGAACAAGCGGGGGGCGGUAAGGACGAGGCAUUCUCCCAGGAAUGUCCCGACAGCAGCUCCAAGCCAAAGCAGCUCAAGUUCCCCAACCAGGUGUACAUCGAUCUACCUCUGUGGAGGGACGAGCAGCAGCCUCAGAGCCCCGGUGGGCAUUGUGGGUCGGCAGAUGCUGGGGUCGGGGCGGCAGGUCAGGGUGCCCCACCAGAGACCCCAGACGACCCCUACACCACCACAUCCACCUCAUCCACCUCCACCACCCCACAGCUGACCCCCACUAACAGCCUGAAGCGGACGUCAGCUCGCCGCAAGACUGACUCUGUGCUGUACGGCUGCGGCUCACUGCUGGCUUCAGUUGUGCUCGGUUAUGACAUUAGGGAGGCUCUCAAAAACUCUGGGGAAGAUUGCGAGCCCCCGCGCGAGGAGAAAGAGAAGAAGAAGAAGGAAGGCCUGUUUCAGCGAGCGACCCGGUUCCGCCGCAGCACCUCACCACCCAGUGGUCGCUCCCGCAAAGACGAGGCAUCAUCAAAUCACACCGCCACCCAGCCUGUCAAUCUCAUCUCCAUGUCCGCCAUCAUGGAAUGCAACUCCACCAAGUGCCUCUUACAGUCUGAGGCGGAGGUGUCACAGUCCAGCCCGGGGAAGGCUGAGCUGGUGACUGCCAAUCAUCACGCAGACUCAUCCAGACCGGGCCUGGCAGCUUCUACAGAAGGCCAGAGUAACAGGACUGCAGCUAACACACAGACACCAGUGCAAACCCAAAGCCAGCCACCAGAGCAGAGCAACCACAACACUGGAACACGUCUACGCAGAAAGAAAUAUACCACCAGCCACAAUACCAAUGGCCCACCUGCUCUGCCUCCUCCAGCCACACAGAAGAAGCAGGAUAAAGAGAAGGACGGAGCAUCAGAGAAGCCUUCCAGUGGCGAGGCCUUCUCCAGACCACGGCCAGUGUCGUUCCGGGCCAGACCUCACGCCUGGGCCCUGCUGCGGGGACGCAACAAGAGCUACUCCCUGGGCCACUACUCUGGAGAGAAGACAGCACAAAACCUAAGCAUGGUGCUGACGUCAGAGGGCUGCUCGCUGCUGGACAUGGACACAGAGGGACAGAAACGGGACUGCACUGUGCCGCUCUGCCGCAUUCAGAGCUCCCCGGGACGGACCUCCGUUUUCGAGCUGGAGAAAGAGUUCCUCUCGUAGGAGCCCUGGAAAGUGAUCUGCUGUGGUCAUAGUUCAUCCCGUACAAUCUAGUGUUUCAGAACAUACAGACAGAAUUUUUGGCCUAAAACUCCUGGAGGGUUUAGAACCAGGCUGCCUUUUUUCUCCUCCAUUUUAUAAAACGUUCUGUAACAUAGAACCCCGCUUUGUCUUAGCUCUAGGACAUAGGGAUCUCAGUGUUCUAGAGUGUAGCCAAGUCUGAGACUUCUCAAAGACAUCUGUGUCACAGGAGGUCUAGAACAUGCACCCACUCAGUUUGAGAACAGUCUAACACGUUGCGUUAUGUUUUUUCACCCUUCCCAUGUCCUGCCUACUGUCACCCUACUGCACUGUGAUUGGCUAGUACUUGUUACCUCAACGUGAUGCUCUAGUGUAGGACAGUUUUCCUCUUGGUUACAUUUGCCUUGCUGUCAUUGUUGCUGUAAAAGCUGCAAAUGGCUAAAAAUCUGAUUAACCAAAUUGAAGAAAAUCAAAGGGUUAGAGAACUCUUUAAGACAGUUGGUCUCAGUCUUUUUUGGGCCCUAUCAGUUUUCCAGGUCCCCUUCUGCACCAUUAGUUGAAAUGUAGGUUAAUUGUCCUCCUUCAAUAUUAAUAUUAUGUCAUUAAAAAAGCAUGUCAUUAAAUGCCAAAAACAGAUUUGAUUGAACUGGACAGCUGGAAUGUCAUUAACAUUAGUUUCCCAAGGAACUAAAAAGCCACGUCAAUAGAAGUCAUACAGUAUUUAUGAGUGUUAAACAAAUGCAACAGUAAGAAAGUUGAUAUUUAAACUUUAACAGCAUCUCGUUAUUGAUCACAAACAGCAGCCAGACAGUGAGCGGCCAAACUAGAAGUAUUCUUAUUAAUUGUUCCGAUUGAAAACAAGGGCAGCCUACUAAGGAAAAGGUCUGAGGUCGCUUGGAAAAAAGCAGUAAAUGGACUUGCACUUGUAUCACCCCUUUCCAGUCUCGCAACCACUCAGAGUGCUUUCUACACUACGCGUCACCUUUGUACAAAGGUGGCUGAGGAUACUGAAAGAGGUGCCACAUGCUACACAGCUUUAACACACUCACACGCCGAUGGAACAGCCAUCAGGAGCGAUGUGGGGCUCAAUAUCUUGCUCAAGGAUACUUUGACAUGUGGACUGGAGGAACCACAGCUGCCCCAGUAGGCUAGUCAGUAAGCUAGCUUCCGUUGACGGCCUAUUUAUUGUAACCUUCAAAGGAAAUAAGCUAAAUUGCUUAAAAAGCCAGUGUAAACCCUGUGCUUAGUGAUCCUCAGCCAGUUUCUUCACUGCAGGUUGCACAGAAGUUUCAGCCGUAGAAUUGUUGUAGAUUUUACAAAGAGCAUGAGGAGCCAGCUGUACAGGCCGCCGACCUGUAGAUGAGGCUUCUUGCUAUGCAAAAAAACUGAGGCAGGCACAGCUGCAGUGUCUCAGCCAAGUCCCUCUCUCUUUUUCUUUCUAAGAAAUACUAUUGCUCACGGUUUUCCAGCGCACCACAUUCAGAAGUAGAAUAGCUUUCUGCUGUAAUGCAUUAAAAGAAUUGAGAUAUGCUCUUUGACAGAGGCACGCGCCUGAAGCAUUAGAGCUCUGAUCAGGCCCAAAAAAUCUGGCCCAACCCUAACUUUCAAACCAUGGCAGUAGUUUUGGGCCAGAGCCCAAUUAAAAAGCCGACUUUCCCCUAAUUUUCUAAGGGCUGAUGUGUCUCCUGGCAUCCCUUCUCCUACUUCUCCGUUUCUUCAAGAACGUUGUCAGCUCUGCUGGCGUCUUGUGCACACAACAGGUUCUGCGGAGCGGGCUGCACCCCUCCGUGUGUCUCCCUCUUGCAGUGUGCACAGCGCCCCAUGGUGAUGCCAUGCACAGAUGACAAUCACUGCUCUGCUGCAUGUUACACACAUCUCUUCUCUCCACUGUAUUGCUCCAUGUUUAGUCACAUUACCUCUCCCUAGAAAUCUGCACUCAUAGCACAGUAGGGCGGGACUUUGGCCAUGCUCACAGCUAGCAUCCACUCAGAAGGACAUGUUGAGGUUAUGAGUACCACCCAAUCACAGCACAGUGUGGCAGGACCAGGCAGAACACUGGCAGCAGAAUAAUAACGCAUACACACUGCCUUGUCUCUUGAACACACACACAGUUCUGAAACCUGAGCAGAACGUUCUGGAUCAGCAGCUCCUCCUCUGAUCCCUCGGUGCUCGACUGUCGCCUUUGUUCGCUCACCUCUGUCUCUCCCUUUUGUUACCUUCUUCCUUUCUCGUUCUGUCGGUGCAGCUCAACGUUGACCGCUGCUGCAGCUUUCGCAACACAAUACCCUCACCUUUUUAUUUAUAUAUAUAUUUUUAUAGGUAAUUUAAUAUGAAGAGACUUGACCUUACCGUAGCGACCAGCAGGACAUACAUUCCAUGUCAGUUUCAAAGUUGUGCGAUCACGCUUUUAGGUUUUUGUGACUUGAGAAUCAUGCAUGCAUGUACCCUUAAAAUGUUGAACAAAAAAAAAAUGGUUAUGCCUUGUUUGUAAAUAUGUCUUUUUAUCCCAUUCUCAGCCUAAUGCUGGCAGUUGUUUUGUAUUACAUAUAUGCUGUUUUAUGACUGUUUUAAAAGUCAGUGAUGCUGCAGUAUCGUCUGUGUUCUGGGGACAGGUUACACACUGGAUCGUAGCAGGGAUGCAAGUAUGUCUCCUCCCAAAAUGCCCUGAAGAUUUUAGAGAUGCAGGUAGAAAAACACUGGAAGUCCUACGAAGCAAACGUGAAAUCUUUUCACUCAAAACUUGGAUAAAUUUUAAACGGCCACUGUGGUCAUGUGUUGCUAAUAUGGAUUUUUCUAAGAGUAUUUAUAGAAACGGUUGUUUUUUUUGUUUGUUUAUUAUUUCCUGUACUCAGCACACUGCAGCAGAGCGGGGGAACACUUCAGUCACGAAUGUUCGUGUCAGGAAAACCUGCCAUAAAUUAUGAAUAUAAUCUAAUCCCCCCUGAUGAUGGCUGAUUGGCUGAACAUAAUGACACAGCAGAUUUCAGAUUCAAGUAUUUCUACACAGCCCGGGAGUGACCACGCCACCAAAUAGCAAUACUGUAAACCAGACUGUGAUGUAAUACUGUAAACCAGACAAACUGUGCCUUCUGACGCAUUGACGUUUCUCUGUAUGUCAAAUUCAUGUCUUCAUUUUUACUAUCAUGUGAGCACAGUAUUGCAAUUUAGGCAAACAAAUGACAGGGUUCCCACGAUCAUGAAAUUCCUAAAUUAGAGAAACUGUUUUCAAGGCCUGGAAAUAAUUCAGAGAUAACAAAAUGUUUUGGCAAAGUUUUGAAUAUACAAUUUUUUGGCUAUUGUUUAAAGUAUGUUUAGAAAAUUCCCAUCUUAACAUUCUGUAGAAUUUGUUCCGUAUAAUACUUAUUUAUAUCUAGUGCUGUGACUGUUGAAACAUCACUAAUAUCAAUUGAUAUACACUGGCGUAUGCAGUAGGGUUACACUAUAUGAGGAAAACAUGCAGUCACGUUGUUGAAUAUCACGAUAACAAUAUUACAUUACUAAUAUUACGAUUACAAUAUUGCCACAGUAUUACUUACUAAGAAUAUUACGUUAAUAAACUGAUAUUAAAGUGUACCAGGUUUUUUAUAUAUAACAUAUUAAACAUUGAAGCGAGCAAAAAAAAGCACCGAUUUAAAAAAAAAAAAAAAAAGGACGAUGGUUUCAUUUUUAAGUGUAGUUUGCUACUGAUCCUCUUUGAAGUAGCUCCAAAAAAAAAUUCCUUAGUGCAAUAUUGCAGUCUCUCGUGCAAGUUGACAUCCAAAUGACAAUAAAAAGAUAUAUUGUGAAGCCGUUGUAUGCAGCUAGAUGGCAGCAACGUCUAACAAGUGAGUUACGUUCGCAGUGCUAGCAGUUUGCUUAUUCCCAAAUGCCUUCUUGAAGUGCAUGUUUAAUAAUUUGUCGUCCUUGAAUGACUAGGCUCAAGAGAGAGGCAGACCCUAACUGCACUGGAUGUGGGCUCUGCAACAAAAUGUUUGACGUUAGCAACAUGGGGAAGCAGCCUAUUUUAAAAUACUUAAAUAAGGUCAUAAAAGUGGGGUAAAAUACUAUGAAAAGUUUUUCAAAUGAAUUGGUAAAAAUGAGUGGGAACCCUGAAAUGUUAUGUUUAAUUAAGUCACGUUUUUGGUUUUGUUUUUUUUCUUUUUGUCCACUUUUUAUGUAGCAUCAAGCAAACAGUGUCAGCAUGUCGUCAAAUCUCUAUCUAAUCAAGCUCAGGAAGGUCUGGAGACAUUAAGGACAGAUUUUUGGCUAAAGAGACUGAAGACAGUUUCAUUAUCAGACUCUAAAUGAUUAACAAAGUGUUUGUUAUCCUGAUUUGUUCAGCAGGUUUUUCUCUGGGCUUCUGAGCUUGACAGUGUGGAGGUUUGACUGUGUAUCUAGUCCCUUGGUCACUCCUGGGCUCUCUAACUCCUGUGUUACUGUUGACUGAUUAUAUCCCCCCUUUCUUCCCCGCUGUCUUACUUCAGUCUGUUUUUGAGAACAUUAGAAAACAUGUCCCCCUGUUGAAGGACAAAACAAGGGCUCAUCUACAGCGAGAUCUGAAUUCCCAUAUGGUGUAAAUAUAAUUGUGAUUCCUGAUGUGUAUAUCACUGCGGCAUCUUAUGAUGAUUUAGAAUGUGAAGUUUCCCAUGAUCUGUGUUUUAUGACCACUGACUGUCAAAGCAACACUGUAAAGGCCUUACUAAUCACCUAGCUGUUAAAGGGGCAGUUUACAAGCCAAGAUAUCACUGGAUUUACCCUUUGCUAUGAAUUAAGGGUUCAAUCUGUAAAUACCACAAUGCACUGGUGCUCUAUGUUCCCUUAAAAAUAUUUUAUUUCAGUUUGAAGCUGCGGUUUGUCGUCCGGUUCAUGACUCGACGUGUAAACAUUCCACUACAUUUGACAAACUGCAGCAUGAAUAUUUGUGAUACCGGUUAUCAAUAAGGUGCAUUCAGGCUUCUGGCUAAGGGACCAAAUUCACCUCGACCAGCACUAAAGGCCUCUCUGUCUUCAGGACCAAAACCACUAAAUGAACUAGCUGCUAGUGAGGAGUUCUUACAAAGAAAACGACUUGGUACGAAAACUACACAAAACGACCUCAGAGGCGCAGCGCUGUCGCUGAAAGACCCGCCAGCUUCUGAUCAAUUAACGAGACUUCCUGUUAAAUGCAACACUUCCUUUAAGUCACUGAACGUCUCUGUCACGCUGAAACGUGUCAGAUUAGCUUUGAGUUCAUCUGUUUCAGUGAACUUCUUUUGUUAUCAUUACAGUAUUGGUUAUUUCACGCCUGAUUGAUCAAGAGUAUCAAGUUUUAUCAACAUUUUGAAUAAAGUCUAAAUCAAGA